GAAAAAUGAUUUUAUUGUAAUAGAGCUUCCUUUCUGAUAUUGUAUAAUCCUAGCUCUGUUGUCACCGCAAAGUUACUAUUAUUAUUAAUCUGUAGUGCUUUUGUCUAACCUACAAAUUUUACAGCAGAUGGAGGCAAUGAGUGUCGAACUCGAUAACCAGAAUUCCGAGGAUCCCGGAAGUCCUCCAAUGAAGAAUAUUGAUAUAUGGAAAGACAUCUUAAACUCAGCGAAGUUCAUCGUCGCCCCUAUGGUCGACGCCAGCGAAUUACCUUGGAGACUUUUAUGUCGUAGACAUGGAGCACAGCUUUGUUAUACACCGAUGCUUCAUUCGUCGGUUUUUUGUCGGGAUCCAAAAUACCGGAAGGAGGCCUUAGUCAGUACUCCAGAGGAUCGUCCCCUUAUAGUUCAGUUUUGUGGGAAUGAUCCUGAUAUUCUAUUGGAAGCGGCCUUACUAGCUGAAGGACAUUGUGAUGCUAUCGAUAUCAAUAUUGGAUGCCCUCAGGCCAUUGCGAAAAGAGGACAUUAUGGUGCCUUUUUACAGGACGACUGGGAUCUUCUUCGACGAAUAGUUUCCACCUUGAGCGGAAAACUGAAAAUACCCUUGACAUGUAAGCUUAGAGUAUUUCCGGAAAUUGAUAAGACAGUCCGAUACGCAUUGAUGCUUCAGAAUGCAGGAGCAUCUCUUUUGACAAUUCAUGGUAGAACACGAGAGCAGAAAGGACCUCUUACUGGUUUAGCAUCCUGGAAACAUAUUCGUGCAGUCAGGGAGGCUGUCAAAAUCCCGGUAUUUGCCAACGGGAAUAUUCAGUGCGUUCAAGACAUAGAACACUGUAUCCAGGAGACUGGAGUGCAGGGUGUGAUGACUGCCGAAGGAAAUCUUUAUAAUCCAUUUAUCUUUGAGGGAAGAUAUCCUCCUAGUUGGGAACCAGCAGAGGAAUAUUUGGACUUGGUGGAACGUCAUCCGGCUCCUUCUUCUUACAUACGUGGACAUCUUUUUAAACUCUUUCAACACACACUUUGUUUAGCAGAGAACCAAGAGGAGAGGGCAAUCCUGGCCAGAAAUUCUACAAUGGAGUCCUUCAGGCAUGUUGUCCAGGCGGUUAAGAAUCGUUAUUUACCAUAUCACGAGGGUCGACUUUCUUGGAGGAAACGAAAUGAUGAUGACCAAAUGGAAUCAUCUUUAGAUUACAAUCUUACUCUGCCACCAUGGUUGUGUCAGCCCUAUGUCAGGGACUCACCUCAGGAACACUUGAAUAAAGUAGAAGCCAAAAGAAUGGAGCUGGAAUCUAAUGGGGAAGAUAAAAGAAAAUUUCAAGAUGAAGAAGGCAACGAAGUUUCCCAUAAACGUCUUAAAAAACUUAGACGAAUUGCUCGCAGACCAAAUAGAUCUUUAUCUAUGAAACGUAGAUCUGAUCUUUGUACUGCUUGUCCAAAUCCAUUGGGAUUUAAAUGCGAAUACAAACUUUGCCGGCAGUGCUGCAGAAAUAAAUGCUUCAAGGAAAAUCUGGAUUGUCCUGGACAUAGAAAUCUUACAAAGACAAGACGUCAAAUGGCAAUUGAGUUUGCCGCGCAAAGAGAUGACAAUAAAGAAGUGAUAUGACAAUGAUAGUAAUAUAAAAUGAUUCAAAUAAAAUAUGUACAUAAGAUAAA